UAGAGAUUAGAGUACACAGACCCGAGCGGCGAGCGAUACGGGCCCCUCCAGGCAGCCGCCUGCUCCUGGCGAGGAAGUUUGGGAGGAUGAGCAGCAAAGAAGACCCGAGCAAGUGCUGUCCGGCCGUCGCUCCGCUCUCCACCUUCACCAUCCAGUCCAUCCUGGGCAGCGGCGGCGGCGGCGGCCGGGAGCCCGGCACCAAGGCGGCCGCCGCCUGGCCCGCCCGCCCCCGGAACCUCUCGCUGUCCUCCGACGACGAGGAGCCCGAGGAGAGCUGGCGGCACCGCGGCUGCUUCUGCCCCGAGGCGCCCGGCCCCAAGGAGACGUGCCACAAGCACCAGCCCCUCGGCUUCGCCUGCCUCGGCAACGCCAAGGGGAGCGGAGCGGCCGCGGCGGCCGGCGCGGAGCGGCCGCCCUUCCUCUCGCCGUCCCAGCAGGACUUUAAGGAGGAGAAGGAGAAGCCCUUGGGGCCCUCCUCGCCCUCCGGCGGGGACCGGCAGCGCGACGGCGGGGACCGGCAGGCCGGCGCCGCCAAGAAGAAGACGCGCACGGUGUUCAGCCGCAGCCAGGUCUACCAGCUGGAGUCCACCUUCGACAUGAAGCGCUACCUGAGCAGCUCCGAGCGGGCCUGCCUGGCCUCCAGCCUGCAGCUCACCGAGACCCAGGUGAAGACCUGGUUCCAGAACCGCAGGAACAAGUGGAAACGGCAGCUCUCGGCCGAGCUGGAGGCGGCCAACAUGGCCCACGCCUCGGCGCAGACUCUGGUGGGCAUGCCGCUGGUGUUCAGAGACAAUUCCCUCCUCCGGGUGCCGGUGCCCCGGUCCAUCGCCUUCCCGGCCCCUCUCUACUACCCCGGCAGCAACCUCUCGGCCUUACCCCUCUACAACCUCUACAACAAGAUCGACUACUGAGUCGCCUCCUCGCCGGCCGCGGCCGCCCCGUCGGGCC